CUUAAAAGGCUGGAAUCUCAAUUGCUACAUCACCUGAUACCUCCCCAUUUUCUCUUAUCUUAUUUGCCGGCUUUUGCUAUGGCUGGUUUUACCUGCUCUGCUGCUGAUCUUCAUCCUCUUCUCGGUACUGCUGCCAAUGCCACCGCUGCUGCUGAAUACAUAUGCAAUGGCUUCGAUACUGUUUCAAACAAGUUAGUUGCUGCAACGUAUGCCAUUGAUAACACCUACCUUCUUUUCUCAGCAUAUCUUGUAUUCUCCAUGCAGCUUGGUUUCGCCAUGCUUUGUGCUGGUUCGGUACGUGCCAAGAACACCAUGAACAUCAUGCUUACAAAUGUCCUUGAUGCUGCCACCGGUAGUUUAUUCUACUACCUUUUUGGCUUUGCUUUGGCCUUCGGUUCUCCUUCCAAUGGCUUUGUCGGGAGGCACUUUUUCGGGCUCGAAAAGUACCCUUCCCCGUCUGGAGACUAUAGUUUCUUUUUGUAUCAAUGGUCUUUCGCCAUUGCAGCUGCUGGAAUCACCAGUGGCUCUAUUGCAGAGAGGACUCAGUUCGUUGCUUAUUUGAUAUAUUCUUCCUUUUUGACUGGUUUGGUUUACCCCAUAGUUUCUCAUUGGUUCUGGUCUACUGAUGGUUGGGCGAGUCCGGUUCGAGAAGGUCACCUUUUAUUUGGAUCUGGGGUGAUUGAUUUUGCUGGUUCUGGAGUUGUUCACAUGGUUGGAGGCAUUGCAGGCUUAUGGGGUGCCUUGGUUGAGGGUCCUCGCAUGGGUCGAUUCGAUGGUGAUGGCAAGCCUGUGUCAUUGCGUGGACAUAGUGGGACAUUGGUUGUUCUAGGAACAUUUUUGUUAUGGUUUGGCUGGUAUGGGUUCAAUCCAGGUUCCUUCCUCAGUAUCUUGAAAACAUACGAACACACCAAUUAUUCUUCUUAUUACGGCCAAUGGAGUGCCAUUGGGAGAACUGCUGUCACAACGACGAUUGCAGGAAGUUCGGCUGCAUUGACAACCCUCUUCGGCAAGCGAUUGCUCACAGGCCACUGGAACGUCACCGAUGUUUGCAACGGUUUGCUCGGUGGGUUCGCAGCAAUCACUGGCGGGUGUUCAGUCGUCGAUCCCUGGGCUGCAAUCAUUUGCGGGUUCAUCGCAGCUUGGGUCCUCAUCGGAUGCAACAAGCUCGCCGAGAUGUUAAGGUACGAUGACCCCUUGGAGGCAGCACAACUACAUGGAGGGUGCGGCGCAUGGGGGAUCAUUUUCACUGCAUUGUUCGCAAAGCAGGAUUACGUAAAUGAGAUAUAUCCAGGGAAACCUGGGAGGCCACACGGGCUGCUGAUGGGUGGUGGAGCACGUCUGUUGGCUGCACAUCUGAUACAGAUCUUGGUGGUGAUAGGGUGGGUGAGUGUGACCAUGGGUUCAGUGUUCUGGUUGCUGAAAGUGUUUGGGCUAUUGAGGAUCUCGGCAGACGCGGAGAUGGCUGGCCUAGAUGUGACAAGCCAUGGAGGAUUGGCCUAUGCAUAUCAUGAUGAAAACAAUGAUCAAAGUGUGAAAAAUUCGUUUCCCAUGGCAAAUAUGGAUAGUAGUAAUGCUUGAUUCGUUAUUGUGAUUUAGAUUUUGUAGAAAUUGGUGUAGGCUCCCUAGGAGAAUGGCACUGGCUUACUAUGUCAUUCAAAUGUUAUAUUAAACCUGCAUGCUUGUAUGCAUCAUAGUUUGAUUCGUAUGGACCUUUAGAAUUUAAGUUGUUUUGGAUUAAUUGUUUGAGUUUGCAAUUUAAUAUAUAUUAAAAAUGAAUAAGCAAA